AUGUCUACCCGUACCAGCAAGCGCAAAGCCGAGGAGGAGGAGGAGCUUGUCUCUCUUCCGGAAGACAGCGAAGAGGAAGAAGAAUACCAAUCRGAGGAAGACUACGACGAGGAAGGUGCAUCAGAGGACGAUGAGGAAGACGGAGAAGCCGCGGCUGCCGCUCCACCMAAGGCCAAGAAGCGCAAGACUGAGGAGCCUGCUGCUGGCGGCGACGAAGGCGAAGAAGAUGACGACGAUGAUGAUGCUCCCGAAAACGACGAUGAGGAGGAAGUUGCCGCGGGCGAAGAGGAUGAGGAUGCUGACGAGACGGCCAAGUCAGGCAGCGCUGCCGCUGCAGCAAAGAAGAACAAGGGAGGAGUCGUUCCCAAGGAAGAUGAUUUGGAAGAGGUCAAGGCCGACGAUGAGGAUGAUGAUGACGAGUAG